AUGUCGGAUUGCCCUGGAAGAGUGACAGGAAGUAGGCGUCUGCGCAAAAUUCUUGCCAGGAAAGUAGCCAAGCAAGUGGCUUGUGUGGUGGAGAUGAUGCACAAUGCCGGUUUUGUCCAUGGAGACCUCACAACGUCUAAUGUCCUCUUCCGCGUCGCUGGAAACGUCCAAGACUGGUCAGAUCGUGAAGUUUACCUCAACUUCGGCCAGCCGGAGACUGAGAAAAUUGCAACGUGCGAUCGCAGUCCGCCAGGACCUCACGCGCCUGUAGAGCUCGUCGCGCCAAUCGAGGGUGCUUAUUUGACCAACUCUGCUAUUCUCCAAGAGGACGUACUCCUCAUCGACUUCGGCCAAGCCUUUUCCAUUUCUCGUCCCCCGAAAGCUCGUUUUGAAGGAAAAAUCGGGCUACCGUCUGACAUUUGGUCACUCGCCUGCAUGAUCUUUGAAAUUCGUGCCGGAUUUCCCCUUUUCGAGGCCUUUCUUGGAGGGGAUGACGAGGUCCUCAAAGAGAUUGUGGCGACACUCGGGAAGCUGCCGGAACCAUGGUGGAAUGCGUUUGAGAAUCGUCAUUGUUGGUUUGACGAAAACGGGACUGUCAAGGCCUCAGAGCUUCAACAGACAAUGCUGCCUGCAGAGAAGACGUCUAUCCGGCAGAAAUUGGCGAGCAUUGGUGCUCAAGACGAGCCUCCAGUGACUGGGUCCGAUGGCCCGAUGAUGGAGCCGCUUGGGUCGAGGUUGGACAACACCGAGAUUCAGCUUCUAGGAGAUUUGCUGGAGAAGAUGCUGCGCUAUCGACCACAAGACAGGAUUACGAUGGGCGAGGUGGUUGCCCAUCCUUGGUUUGCCCUUGAAUAG